GCUAUGGUCGCGAGGUAGAUCAUUGGCCCAACGUCACAUCGCCGUCUCCUUGUUUAUAGCUAGUUCUCCAGAAACCUGUUUAAAUCGGAGCUGAUAUCAGUGGCAGCGGUUUGUGAGUGUCUGGGAACAUGCAUGUCGCGGGGAGAAGGUCGCGCGCGUCCCGUCUAUCCUCCUCUCUGUUGUUUACAUAGGCUGAUUUCCGUUUGUUAUCAUCCCCCGUCACUACCGACAAGCAGCGAUGUACAAGGAGGGGGAAGAGGUGCCGGACGACUGCGGCUCCCGGGAGGAGUGGACGCUGCUCUUCUGGACCUCUCUGGCCGUCAUCGUGCCGGUCAUCAUCACGCUGUGGUGCAGCGCGCAGCGCUCCAAGCGGAAAACGCACAUGAAGGAUUUCUUCCGUAAGAGCAAGCACGGCUGGCACUACACAGACCUGUUCAACAAGCCCACCUACUGCUGCGUCUGCUCGCAGCACAUCCUGCAGGGGGCUUUCUGCGACUGCUGCGGGGUGUGCGCCGACGAGCAGUGCCUGCGCCGGGCCGACCGCAUCCUGCUGUGCAAGGAGAUCAUGGCCCCCUGCGGCCCGGGGGGAGGCAUGGAGCACCGCUGGGUGCGCGGAAAUGUCCCCCUCGCCAGCUACUGUGCAGUGUGCAGACAGCAGUGUGGCACCCAGCCGAAGCUUUGCGACUUCAGGUGUGUGUGGUGUCAGAACACGGUGCACGAUGACUGCAUGGACAGCCUGCCGGAUGCAGACCAGUGUGAGCUGGGAGAGUUCCACAGCCUCAUCAUCCCUCCUCACUACCUGUACCAGGUCAACAAGCUGCGCCGCAGGCAGCCUGAGGAGUACAGCCAGCUGGCAUCUUGCUGUGGCAGUGGCUGGACUCCAGUGUUGGUCCUGGCUAACACACGCAGCGGUAACAACAUGGGGGAGGCUCUUCUGGGAGAAUUUCGCACCGUUCUGAAUCCUGUGCAGGUGUUUGACCUGUCUGAGCUGACCCCCUCCAAAGCUCUGCAGCUGUGCACCCUGCUGCCCCCCGGCAGCGUCCGGGUGCUGGUGUGUGGGGGGGACGGCACGGUGGGCUGGGUGCUGGACGCCAUCGAUACCAUGAAGCUGAAGGGUCUAGACCAGUUUAUGCCCCGGGUGACCAUCCUUCCUCUGGGGACAGGAAAUGACCUCUCCAACACUCUAGGGUGGGGUGCGGGGUACGCCGGAGAGAUCCCCGUGGAACAGGUUCUCCGGAACAUCCUCGAUGCCGAGGUGGUCAAAAUGGACAGGUGGAAAGUGCAGGUGGCUUCAAAAGGCCUGUACUUUCGGAAACCAAAGGUCCUGUCCAUGAACAACUACUUCUCUGUGGGGCCCGACGCUCUGAUGGCGCUCAACUUCCACGCGCACCGCGAGAAAACGCCCUCCUUCUUCUCCAGCCGCAUCGUCAACAAGACUGUAUAUUUCCUGUAUGGCACCAAAGAUUGUUUAGUGCAGGAAUGUAAGGAUCUGGAUAAGAGGAUCGAGUUGGAGCUGGAUGGGGAGAGGGUGGCGCUGCCCAGUCUGGAGGGCAUCAUAGUUUGUAACAUUGGUUACUGGGGCGGAGGCUGCAGACUCUGGGAGGGGAUGGGGGAUGAACCGUGCCCCCCCACACGGCUGGACGAUGGUCUGCUGGAGGUGGUGGGGGUGUUCGGCUCCUUCCACUGCGCUCAGAUCCAGGUCAAGCUGGCCAAUCCUGUACGGCUGGGACAGGCCCACACUGUCAGGCUGGUUCUGAAGAGCUCCAAGAUGCCCAUGCAGGUGGACGGAGAGCCGUGGGCCCAGGGUCCCUGCACCAUCACCAUUACCCACAAGACCCAGGCCCUCAUGCUGUACCACAGCGCCGAGCAGACCGAUGACGACGACGAAUCCAGCGCCUCUGAGACGGAGAGCCCCACCCCUCACGACUCGCCCAGGCCCCCGGGGCCCGCCUCCGCUCGUGCAUGACCCCGCCCAAACAUCAUGUUAUCUGAAGGUCCACUUUUCUUAAGUUUCUUAAUCCUUCACCUGCAGUGUAUAUUCAUCUUAAAUCUUUGAACACACUUUAUCCUCAAACUGCUUUGAUGAAAAUAUGUGUUUCCGUGUAAUCAUUUCAUAUAUUUUAAGAGAUUUUCUCUCUGCCUUUUAUCUCCACGCCCCCCAAUAUUUGUAACCCGUAGUUUAGCCACAGACAGGACAGUCAGGGGGGUGAAUGUUUUGGAGAAACCCUCCUGUAUUAAUUAUACUGUAUUAACAGUUGAAUGCCCAGUGUAGCCCUGCAGGUAUCAGUGAGCCAUCCUUAACAAGCUGUCCAGGUUCAAACCCCACAAAGCCAUGUCUAAAUCCACAGCAUUAUAAUAGGAAAAAACAGUGUUGUCAAUUAUGAAGAGGAGUUUUGGCUAUAUCCAAAGCUUCAUGUCUAUAUUUUUUACUCCAGAAAGAGCACACGUUUACACAGCACAGAAUAUCUGUUUAUUUCAGGCUCACAGUUAUACAGUUAUGUUCUCCUGCAUUUGUCACCUGUUUCAAGGCUUUGAAAUGUGUUAGCCAGAAGGUCUCUGAAUCUAAAUGGAGCAAGGCCUCUGGUACAACUGCAGUGUGUUGUCAAUCACUGGACAUUGUUGUUGUUUUGUUUACUUCAUGGUGCCCUGUCUCAAGUAGCUCCCAAAACUGCUAGAUUGUACUUAGAUACAGGAGCUACGGGAAACAGCCAACUUUUAUUUUGAAAGUACUGCCAAGUAACUUGUCACAGGAUUUUUUUGUGCGUACUGGUGAAACCUUUUUGUUCUUCCUUUUCUUUACAUAGUUCCUCCAGUUUACAUCUGUUGUGUUGCACUGUUUUCCACUUACACUGAUAUAUACCUUACACUGCUUAGGAUGUAGGUUAUAUAAAGAUGCUGGCUGUUGAUGUUGCUGCCAAGUGAUAACUGCUGAUGAGAUUAAGCUGUCCUAUGUUGUUAUUUACUUUAUUCAAGUAAGGCUCCUGCAUCAUUUGUGAAUUACUAAUGGUCACCACAGGGUGGCAGGCUAAAGACAGUAUUUUCUGUAGAGGGGUCCAGAAGAGUUAGACCUUUACUUAAACCUCUACAGUUUAUUAGUAAUACCAUCGGUUACUUGCAUGUACUUCUCUGUGUACUGUUCACGUGCACAUUGCGCUAACUGUCGCGUUUUACUAGUGGCAUCUUUUGUCUUCUCUACAUAAUGUCUGCAAGAGGUCUUUUGGGUUUCUGCCUAUAGGUAGCCAACUUUUAUGGAAACGAGUUAGAACUGCAACUACCACCUAUUUUUAUUAUUGACAAAUCCGCCCAUUAUUUAGAAAAUUAACUGUUUAGUCGAUAAAAUGCUUGAAAACUGUUAAAAAGGUCCAUUCCAGUUUCUGAAUUCCAAGGAGAUUUUAAAUGUCAAAAAUAGAUACAUAGAUAUGAACUUGAAUAGGAUAUAAAACAGAGAAAUUGAGUACAUCUCAAUCCUCAAAAGGCUGAAAACAGCAUUUUAAUUUAAAUGUUGUUCAACAAUGAAUCAAUUGAACAAUUAAUUGCUCAUUCAUUUGAUUUACAUCAAAUAUGUAUAUAUAAUAUGUUGAUUUUUGCAUUGAAUUGAUGCAGCUCUAACAUUGAUUUCACCCUCUGAGGUGGUCCUGUUUGGUGCAGAACAGUUGCCUGUAGCUUACAGCCACACCAGGAAAGCCUGAAUGAUGUUGGUUACUGCUCUCUUAUUAACCUGAAGCUAACUUGCUACACAUGAAGCUGAACAGGGAUCAGUUUUUGGCUUAUGCUUUUGCAAUAUGCACCUCCUUGGCAGGUAACCAAGCCUCAUGGUUUCAUCACCCUAUAUUUGUUUGAUGAAUGUCUUAUUGCUCAAGGACACCUGUAUAACCUUUUACCUUAUCAUCCGUGUUUACCAGAGUUGUGUGUGUUGUGUUGCACUGAAUUAGCGUAAAUGUAACUGGGGUUUAUUGGCAGGUUGUUAGCCACGCUAGCAGCAUAGUUCUGUUUAGAACACUCUUUAGAGUUGAAUACCUCUAUAAUUGUUGGAUGCACAUUUGUACAGAUAUUGCUGGUCCUCUGAGAAUGAAUCCUAAUGAUUGUGUUGUACUCAGUAUUUAGUUAAAGCCACUAAUAGGUCCAAAAUGUGCUUUACGAAAACAGUUCUAGAUGUAAUUUCUCUCAUCUUAAGAUGUAGUUGGAGACUAAUGUUAGAUAGCACGCUAACAUGCUCAAUAUCAGUCUAAUACAUAUUUACUGUAUGUAUGACAGCACAUGCUGACAUGCUAGCUUACCGCCUUAAUCAGAGGUAGACCUUAACACCAAUGGUUUUGAGCUCAACAUGCACUAAUACAUAUUUUUAUCUUAUAAAAUGACCAAGUGAAAUGAGUCACUGGUAGUGUCAGACCCAGAGAACUUUCACCAACUCCCCUAAGAUUAGCAUCUUUCAGUUCAUAGGUUUGCUUUUGGCCUCCCUGUUUUGGUUGAAUCUCAUCACUCUUGUUUUCAGCAGCAGCAGAAAGCUGUUUUCAGCAUAAAAAGCUCUGAUAACCCCCACUGUAUGUUCCCUGCCCUGCACAAAUGGCACACAGACAAAGCAGCACCUAGCUAGUGUGCUAGCUUAGUGGCAAAAUACCGAGACAUUUUCCCGGGAGAUGCUCCAGACCCAAACUGAGUUACAAAAAGAGAGAACAUUGCAGUUAGGGUUUUCAGAUUGCCAAAAACAUUACUUUAAUGUAAUGUUGCUCAAUGUCUGCUAGAUGUGUAAGUAGGCUUUAGUUUGAUUAUUAUAUUUUGCACUGAUACUUGAUAAAGCCAUAAUGUGUCAAACGUGUACGUUAAUGCGCCUGGAUGGGCGAAGCUUUGGUCUGAUGAAAGUGGAGGGUAACCUUUUUGACUUAUGUAAAGACACAGCUUUUUUGUGAUUCCACGAUGACAUUUUUGUGGAAAGGAUUAACAAUUGCAAGCUGUUGUUUUCAUCUUCAAAGCAUCCAACACCUGUUUCCAGGCGUAUACUGACACCUCACAAGCUUGCUGGCGUGGCUAAAGACGUUCCCUUGUUCUCUUGUUAUGGGUUGAGGGACAUGACUGAUGUUUGUAUACGUUUCCAAUUCAAACCUUUCAGUUCAUUAUUUGUUCAAUCUUGGCCGAUAUAGCAGUAUUUAUAUAGAAUCCAUUCAUCAAGGAAAAAUUCACUGUGUUACAAAUUGCUUUCGUUAAUAAUUAAUAUAUAUUUGAAUAUACUUAUAUUUUCUGCGGUCAAAUAUGUGUCAAAAAGAGAACCGUAAAGGCUGAUAAGAAUGUGCCAUUUAUUUCACUUUGACCAAGAUUUAUUCUUAAGAGCAAGCCUUACGUGGCCUCUGCUGAACAGGAAUGAGAACACAAAGGAACUGUUUUUGGGAGACAACAAGCUUUUAUUGGUAAUAAUCAUGUAAUCAUAGCUGUUUACAAAAAUAGGAUUUGGUGAACAGGAUUUUGACUGAACUGAAUGUAAUGAUCUUUUGAAUUGAAAGACAUUCCCAUAAAUAUUUUCAUAUAUAAGCCACAUGUGUCUGUGUUUUAAGUGGAUGUAUUAAAAAUGACUGCUGCUAUGAUCUCUAGUUAGAUGUCCCAGCAGCCAGAAGCUCACACUGACAUUGUAAUAGCGGAAUAUCAUUUACAUUUUACCACAGGUUGAGUUGAAUGGCUUUGAAAUGCGGUGUUCAUUACAAUGUAAUUGCUACCAUUCUCCAUCAUUUACACAUACACAUAUUCUCAUUUAAAAAUAUACAGUACCUAUCUAUAACGAUUAUUAUUCCAAUUGAAAAACACCAAAUGCUGGCUGCGUGUGUGUGUGUGUGUGUAUGCCAUUUAUUUAAGCCUCACAAUAGUGCCCUUCCCUGUCAUGUGAAAUGAUGAUCAAUAAUCUCCACAUUAGAAGUCAUUUUGAUAAGGCUGUGUGUAACUUGCUUCUGUGUUUGUUGUGUUUACUGGUUUCCUUUCAUAUUUGGCUUAUAUCCUCCUGGUGCAUUGUGUGGCGGCCUUCUGUCCUGUUCUAUAGACAAAUACAAAAAAGGUUUCUUUAUUCA